UUCCCCUUUUGAUUUAAGAAAAAAAAAAAAAAAAAAAAUUGCAACCACUGUAGCCAGCCUUGCAUAUAUUCCGUCUCUUUCCAGCACCAAGAUCUGGCUCACACCAUGUGAAACAGGACUCCAGCUUGGUUAAAAAAAGAAAAAUAGAAGCACUGCUUCACUCAUAGGUGCUCGUCAGUUGUACCAAACGCCUCUUCCAGUAUAAAAUUUCAAUUACCAUAUCAAAUCGAAGGGUUCUGUGACGUUACAGAACUCGAGAAGUCAGCAAAAGGAAUGAAGAAAUAGGAGAUUUUGAGAGAUCAAGUUCACAGAGAAAGGAAGAUGAUCUGUCAUGCUGCGAGGAGGAACCACAGGGCUUAUGCAUUCGGAGUUUUCUCUCUGGUCAUGACUGCCUCAGGCUUCUGCUUCUUCUUCCUUUUCUGCGUCCCAAGAGUUGGCGUCUUGCAGCGCAGCUCAAGUUGGAAGUUCAGUUUCAACCUUCGGCUAACUGAACCUCCGUGGCUUUGGGGGUCUCAGGAAGCCAACCAAAAUGAAAUUUUGGAAGGAGUAUUAAACAGAGCAGCGAUGAGGAACAGAACAGUCAUCUUAACCACACUGAACAAAGCAUGGGCUGCUCCUGGUUCUAUCAUCGAUCUCUUUCUUGAGAGUUUCAGAAUUGGAGAACAAACUAGCGAUCUACUAAACCAUUUGGUUAUCAUCUGUUUGGAUCAAAGUUCAGUCGAAAGAUGUGAGUCAAUACAUUCACAUUGUUUCUUGCUCAGUACAGAAGGCACAGACUUCUCUGCUGAAAAGCUCUUUGGAACACCCGAUUACCUGAAGAUGAUGUGGAGGAGGAUCAAGUUCUUGCGGACUGUUCUGGAAUUGGGUUUCGAUUUCGUUUUCACAGAUGCAGACAUAAUGUGGUUCAGAAAUCCAUUCCACCAAUUCUUCCCAGAUGCAGAUUUCCAGAUAGCAUGCGACAAAUUUAAUGGCAAUUCAUCAGACGUGAACAACUUUGUGAAUGGUGGUUUUAAAUAUGUGAAAUCAAACCACCGAACAAUUCGGUUCUAUGAAUUUUGGUACAACUCAGGAAAGUUCUAUCCUGCUCUCCAUGACCAAGAUGUGCUGGACAUCAUUAAAAAGAACAGCUUCACCAACGAAAUUGGUCUGAAGAUGAAAUUUCUUGACACUGCUUAUUUUGGUGGGUUCUGCGAGCCUAGCAAAGACAUGAACAAGGUCUGUACAAUGCACGCAAACUGCUGCAUUGGCCUUCAGAACAAACUAAGUGACUUGAGACUCACCCUUGACGAUUGGAGAAACUUCACUGUGCAGACCACAUUGGAGAGGAGUAGACCCCCAACUUGGAGGGCACCAAAAAGUUGUCACAUGUGAUUCAAGAUGCUUAUUCAACUGCAAAAAGAAAGAGGUCAAUAUGCCCAAUAAUUGUUUCCCUCUACAGAAUGCCUCCUGUUCUUGGUCAAUUUGGGAAUUCUGGAUUUUACAGUGCCACAAUUAAGUGCUUCAUUCAUGAUGCAGAAAACGAAACUGAGUGGGUGAAAUUAGGAAUUUUGAGUCAACAAAGUCUCAUCCUUAAUCACCUCCAUCAAUGGUGAAAUAGAAGCUUGGAAUCGUUGUCAGAUGCUUCAAUUUCAGUGGAAAAAAAAAAAAAAGAUGGUGGUAUUCAUCCAUUACAAAAAUGUUCCUUUUGACUUGGAACUGAUACCGGAUUACUUGAACACACUCAGAAGAUAAAGCAAAGUGACAAAAAAAGAACAAAAGAUGCCGGCGUCCAUCAAUUGCAGAUAGUUCUGUCGGCAUUACAGAGUCAACAGAAGGAAAAAAGAAAAAAAGUAACCAAUUUUGACAAAACUGUUCCAGUAUUUGCCAUUAUUAUUCCUUCGGAAGCUGACUGCAGUUCGGCACAUCAAUCAACUAUUCUAUUCUGGUUAAACCAGUGAACCUACAUUUAACUGUUGGAAUCAAAAGCCCCAACAUCAAAAAGUUGGUAAAAUUUCAUUUUGAAUAAAGCUUCAUUCUAUACAUUUAGAUCCUUUUUCAAGCCAAACGACUAUCCCUUUAAUUAC